AGGUCGAUUUGUUUUUGCUCCUGAAUCGCAUUGGACUGCUUGAUUCUCUACGCACCGAGUUCGCGGAUCGUCGUCGUUGCCGAGCUUCACUGCGACUGUAUCUGCCUGGAGCUUUGUGACGAACCUCUAGGGUUUUUGGGGGAGUUUAAAAAGGGUUUUGGUUUCUAGUUCAUGAUGCGGGAAAGGAAAUCUGCGAAAUUGAACCAACAGCAGCAUCAGCAUCAGAAUGGUCACUUGUCUCCGUUUAAAUUGGCAAAGCUGUUAGAUCCUGAUGCUUCGUGGGAUAAGGAUCAGCUUGGGGAUGUUCUGCAUUGGAUCAGACAAGGAUUGGGCCUUGUAUGUGGUUUGAUUUGGGGUGCAAUUCCUUUGGUUGGGGGCAUUUGGUUUCUCCUGUUUCUCGUCUUAUCAACCGGCAUUAUCUAUGCAUAUUAUGCUCACAUACUAAAAAUUGACGAAGAAGAAUUCGGAGGCCAUGGAGCGCUUCUCCAAGAGGGACUUUUCGCUUCAGCAUCCCUCUUUCUGCUUGCGUGGAUUCUUAUAUACAGCUUGGCGCACUUUUGAUCAGCUGUGUUCUAACUUCUGGGUCAUCGGAAAAAUCGGGCCUCCUCCUUUCAGUAUCAUGAGGUGAAACUUCUGUCUGUGAAGUCGACAUUUCUUUCAGCAACACCUCUUCAUUGCAUCAUAUCUGUGGCUACUCUCUUCUGUGUGCAUUAUUUGCCUGCAAAGGCAGGGAUAGGCUUAUAUUAUAUUUCUUCCUAAGAUUUUGUUUUAUCUUCACCUUUUGAGGUACAUUUAUUAUGCUGCUAUAUGACUCCCUUUUUUUUCAUCUUGAAAUAAGAUUACAUGUUGGUGA